UAUUUAUCUAUAGUGUUGAUAUAUAGUUCUGUGGUUACAGGUAUAUCUACAGCAAAUUCAUGGUAGUUAUCUUUAUAUUUUCUCUAUUGGUGUUAGUGAGAUCAUUAGAACUAUUAUUACGUAACUAUUUGAUUCUUUAAAAAUCAUGGGCAAGAGAAUAGUUUUAAUUAUAUUAUUGCUCUGUUAUUGCGCAUACUCACACCCGAACGAGAAUGAAACUUUGAAAAAAAAAUUGUCUUUGAACAAUGAACCUGAAUUCAAUGUUCGCUUUCUAAAUAAACCAUUCAAAAUAAACAAAUUGAAUUUAGUUUGGAGCAAAGCGAAACAGAGAUGCUCAGAACCUGAAUUAAGAUCAUUGUUAUCGGAGCUGCGAAUACAAGAUGAAGAUGAACGUGAACUAAAAGCAUACAAAACAAAAAAUUUAGAUAAAAAUGGGGAAAUGGAAUCUAUUGUUCGGAAAAAACUUUUAGGUAUAUUAGAGAGAUAUAAAUUGAGUUAUCACUUUGACGAGACUGCUCAUAAGCCUCAAAAUAAUCAGUCAGAUUUUAGAAUACAAGAACAAGAAUCUGGAGACUCAUUGAAAGUUGUUGAUAAAUACUUAUUGCAUGAUAAAAGAUUAAACCAGUUAUGGAUCCAGGCUAAAGAAUCUGGUUUCACAAGCAUUGAGCUGAUAGCAUUGAAAGAUGAAUUUAUAAAUCACCAAAAAAAAAUAGAUGAAUUUUAUUCACUGACAAAUGAAGUUGAAAACAUGCAAAAUGAUGUUCCUAUUGCUAUUUCAAAAAAGAGAUUAAAAAAUAAUUAUAAUUCAUUGCAUGAAGCUGAUGAUAUCAUCAACUACAGUCAUAAACAAAGAAACCUUCAAAAUCGUAUACAUGACAUAAAGGAUAGUUUUGAUCGUCUUCAUAGAUUGUCUCUUUCUGGUCCAAAUAGUGAAGAGUUUAUUGAACCCAAAGUACAAGAAAUCUGGAAAAAAGCUGAAGAAACUAAUUUCAGUAAAAAUGAAUUACAACUAUUGCAUGAUGAAUUGAAAGAAUAUGAACGGAGAUUAUUAAAACUGCGACACUUAAAUGUAGAUUUAGCAGCUGGAAAUGAUCAUGAUGGUAUUGAAAAUUAUAUAAAAAAAGAAAAUAGAAAUGUACAAAAAUUACAUAAGGUAUUGGAAGACAAAAUAAAUAAGCGGAGAGAAGAAUUAUAGACUCAAACUGUUGUUAUUACAAGUAAAAUUCACAAAUACAAAAUAUUUAAAUACAUAUACUAAA